GGAAAGCCACAUAGGGUUUUGCACACACCAAAAAAUAUCCGCCCCGGCCGUCAAUUCGACCUCGAACACUCCUGGCUGUACGCAUCCCCAAGAGCUCGUCCCCGCCAGCCCAUCACCAUCAACCUCGACAACGCUCCCCGUCUUGACGCCAGACAAUACCGCCAAGAUGCUGAUUCCCAAGGCUGACCGCAAGAAGAUUCACGAGUACCUCUUCCGUGAGGGCGUGAUGGUCGCGAAGAAGGACUACAACCUUCCCAAGCACCCCGAUAUCGACACCAAGAACCUUUUCGUCGUCAAGGCCGCCCAGUCCCUCACCUCGCGCGGCUACGUCAAGACCCAGUUCUCGUGGCAGUACUACUACUACACCCUCACCCCCGAGGGUCUCGACUACCUCCGGGAGUGGCUUCACCUCCCCGCCGAGAUCGUUCCUUCUACGCACAUCAAGCAGCAGCGCUCGCACGCUCCUCCCCGUGGCAUGCUCGGCGGCGAGGGCGAGCGCGAGAGAAGACCAUUCGGCGGCCGUGGCCGUGGUGGUGACCGUGGUGACCGGGAGGGUGGUUACCGACGACGUGACGCCGGUGAGGGCAAGGAGGCUGGCGCUCCUGGUGAAUUCGCUCCUCAGUUGUGAGUUAUCCCUUCAACAUCCAUCCGGCACGACGACUGUGGCUUGCGCCCCAGAUCGCGCGACACCAUGUGGCCAUUGCAGAUCGAUCUCAGUACUGACUCUCGUUUUACUAUAGCCGUGGUGGCUUCGGCCGUGGCCGUGGUGCCGCUCCCCCUUCGUAAGGGACAGUCCGUUCUUCAUCAGCAAUUUCUCUGUGGGACAAAAAAAUGGAUUCGCUCGACGCACAGGAGGGCCGGCAUGGUUGCGUACUCUAGGGAUUGGAGGACCUGCAUAGUCGCGCUUCUGGAUGCGCGAUAGAACUCGUGGGGGCUGAACCCCCUCGCUUUGCACAGGUGGGAGUUAUUAGGUGGUUUAAAUACUCGGAAACCGUCUUCUACGAAUCAGGGUCAUGCUUUUUGCCGUUAUGAGGAAACCAAAAAAAAUAUCCGAAAGCACCAUCAGCUCUCCUGC